AUCCAGGGAACUCGAGGUUGCAGCGCAAGCCCUUGUUUGGUGCGGUCGACGAGCAUAGUCAUCGUAUCAAACGACCUAUUCCGUCCCGAAAAUGGUCCUCGGAACUAUCAAGUGCGUGGUCGUCGGCGACGGUGCGGUCGGCAAGACAUGUCUUCUCAUCAGCUACACAACCAACAAGUUCCCCUCGGAAUAUGUGCCCACCGUCUUCGACAACUAUGCCGUCACGGUCAUGAUUGGUGACGAGCCAUACACUUUGGGAUUGUUCGAUACCGCGGGGCAAGAAGAUUACGACCGGCUGCGCCCGCUUUCUUACCCUCAGACCGAUGUCUUCCUCGUUUGCUUCAGCGUCACGUCGCCAGCCUCGUUCGAAAACGUCCGCGAAAAAUGGUUUCCCGAGGUACACCACCACUGCCCCGGCGUGCCUUGCUUGAUCGUCGGCACCCAGGUGGACCUGCGGGAUGAUGCACAGGUGGUGGCGAAGCUGGCCAAGCAGAAGAUGUCGCCGGUGCGGAAAGAGGACGGUGAGCGAAUGGCAAAAGAGCUGGGCGCAGUCAAGUACGUCGAGUGCAGUGCGCUCACGCAGUACAAGCUCAAGGAUGUCUUUGACGAGGCAAUUGUUGCUGCACUCGAGCCGCCCCCGCCGAAGAAGCAGGGCUCCAGCAGCAAACACAAAUGCCAAAUUCUGUGACCCAGAUCACGAUAACAUUCGUGGUAUAGUUGUCUGACCUGUCCU